UAUAAACGUUAAGUCUCAGAGGUGAGAGUUGGAGAAGAAGGAAAGAAAAAAAAAAGAAAGAAAGACAGAUCAGAAGAAGAAGAAAUCUAGCGAUGGAUGAUGAUGAUCAUCAUAAACUUCCGCCGCUCACGACAGAGGAGAUUCGCGAGAAAAUGAUCAGCUCCUUUACUACCGAGAUCACAUCUUCUUCGAGAGCCGUCGCUACACACAUUCUUGAAGCUCAUCAAUGGGAUAUCAACGCUGCAGUCUCCGCCUUCAAUGACGCCGUCGCCGCCGCCGCCUCCAUGCCGAAUGUUCCAAACCCUACACGAACAACUCAGUCUUCGAAUCCUCUUCGAGUAGAUGAUAUCCCUGCUGCUUCAUCUCCUCCUUCGCCGAUACGGUUUCGAUCACCACGGUCUCCUCCUUCUCGUGCACGUAAUCCCUUUAGUAGAGAGGCGAUUCAAGGAGAUGACGAUGAUGAUUUCGAUGAUAAAGAGAACGACGAUGCUAUGGAAUCAGAUGAUGUAGCAAGAGAUCAACCAUCAUUACCAAGAAGGCUAAUUCUUUCGGACGUUACACCUCAAGUGAUCACGCGCACUAUCACUAUUUGGAGGAAUGGUUUCACUGAUGUUGAUACUACAUUAUAUCCAUUGGAUAAUCCGGAAUAUGCACAGUAUCUCCAGGACAUAGAAAACUUGGACUCACCACGUGUAAUCGAUUCGCCAGGUGGCAAACGGCGUGCCGUUAUCAAACUCAUUAGGCGUCAACAAGAAGACUUCUCUGAUUCAACAAAAGCAUUCCAAGGUGUGGGAAGAACUCUAUCCGAGCCAGACUCUGUCCCACCAGCUUCCUCCGACUCACUGCCCACAGAAGCAACACCAACAAUCGAUCCCACAGCGCCAACGACCACGAUCAAGAUCAUAUUAGCAGAUGGCACACCCAUUGUCUCCCUCUUCAAUACUACUCACCAUACCAUCAGAGAUGUCCGAGACUUCAUUGACGCGGCUACACCAGAUGCUGCUGCCUCCAGAGACUACCAGUUACUCAUCAUGGGGAUGGGGUCUCCUCCUACACCACUGGCGACUGACUUAGACCAAACCAUCCACCAAGCUGGAAUCUCCAACUCUGUUCUCACCCAGAAGUUCUAGACCUUCUUCCUCUUCUUAAGCACAUAAAAAGACCAUAUUGCACAUGUUGAUUGAUACACACUUUUUGUUGUUUUGAAUUGUUUCUCUUAAGGCUAAAAGUCU